GAGCCGACGCCCCUGGAAUCCCUCCACUCCGGGGUCCCCUCCCUCUGCGCACGGCCCCGCCCUCCCCGCCCCAGCCCGGGUGCGCUUGCUAAUCGCCCAGAGAAGAACCUGAGAAGCAGGGCCGGCUGUGGGUUCCCAAGCAGCAGCAGGCUGUGGCUUGCUAGGCAAUGCGUCGCCACAGCUCGAAGAGUGGAGUCGCACUGCCUCCAGUGGGCCAAGGUCCUGAUGCUUGUCAGAUGCUCACCCGAGCUCAGCUUGGCCAGGAUCCCCCACAGAGAACCGUGCUAGGAGUGUUGACUGAAAAUGAGCAGUACAGGAGGGCCUGUGGCCAGGAGAUCGCAACGAUCAGAUGUUUUUCUGGAUCAGAAAAUGUCUUCCCUGCAGCUGGAAAGAAAGUACUCCCUGACAACGGGAUCAAUGAGCCAGUCAAGCAUGGAUUUGAUAUCUACAUGGAUGAUCCUGAACAGGGGGACAGAGACAGCUGCCCAGGGAGAGAGGGCAUAGUGUUUGAGGAUGUGUAUGAAGUAGACACCAGCAUGCUCAAGUCAGAUCUCCACUUCCUGCUGGAUUUCAACACAGUUUCCCCAAUGCUGGUUGACUCCACCGCCCAUGCCCAGUCGGAGGAAGCAACGGAUUUUGGUUCAGAUGUGAUCAACGUAACGGAAUAUGCAGAGGAGAUUCAUCGAUACCUUCGAGAAGCUGAAGUAAGACACAGACCCAAGGCUCACUACAUGAGGAAGCAGCCGGACAUCACGGAGGGCAUGCGCGCCAUCCUGGUGGACUGGCUGGUGGAGGUUGGGGAAGAAUAUAAACUCCGCACAGAGACCCUGUACUUGGCUGUCAACUUCCUGGACAGGUUUCUUUCCUGCAUGUCUGUUCUGAGAGGGAAAUUGCAGCUUGUCGGGACAGCAGCUAUUCUCCUGGCUUCGAAAUACGAAGAGAUAUACCCGCCCGAUGUCGAUGAGUUUGUCUACAUCACCGACGAUACGUACACAAAGCGACAGCUACUGAGGAUGGAGCAUCUGCUGCUGAAAGUCCUGGCAUUCGAUCUGACCGUUCCAACCACCAACCAGUUCCUCCUUCAGUACUUAAGGCGGCAAGGGGUGUGCAUCAGGACUGAGAAUUUGGCCAAGUAUGUUGCAGAACUGAGCCUUCUGGAAGCUGACCCAUUCUUGAAGUAUCUUCCUUCCUUGGUAGCGGCAGCAGCUUACUGUCUGGCAAACUAUAUUGUGAACAGACACUUCUGGCCAGAAACACUUGCUGCAUUUACGGGCUAUUCAUUAAAUGAGAUUGUGCCUUGCCUGAGUGAGCUGCAUAAAGCAUGCCUCAGUAUACCCCAUCGACCGCAGCAAGCAAUCAGGGAGAAGUACAAGGCUUCGAAGUACCUGCACGUGUCCCUCAUGGAGCCGCCCGUAGUUCUUCCCCUGCAGUGAACUCAACAGCCACACCAGCAGGCUUACUCUGACCUGUUACAGGUUUCUGCCAGUCGGGCCAACUAAUGUCAGUUGUAGAUGUCACCUUCAACAUAUGAGUGUUAGGUUCUCUUAGACGUCGGUAGUUUAUACUUUAUAUAGAUAUAGACAGGUAUUUUAAAAGAAUAAACAACUUGCUGUGUGGCCAUGUGUCGGGCCUCUUUACUAGUUGGCAUAGCUGACACAUCAGGCAUCCUAGUUGCGAGUUAUACCGUGGCUGUGUCAACACCUUCCCAAGUUGGUUGCGUAAGCAUCCCACACUUUGAUGAUUAAGUGCUUUGAGGCGGCCAAGCCUUUCCUAUCCCGUGAAGCCCUCUGUAGACUGGUGAACAGAAGGAGAGAAGGGCCCGCUCCGAUGGACUGUCAUGAAACCUGAGUUGCUGUGCGUCCCAGCUUCCCACUACAGCCUUCAUCAGUAGAGAGGCAAGCAUCCAAGGAUCUCUCCGUUCGAGUGUCUUCUGGGGAUGGCACAAUCCACGAUCCAUUCUCACCCAGAGGUAUCAUGGCCUUUUGUAAAGGGCUGCCAUCUUGUCUAUCCAGCUUGGAUUCAGGUAAGAAUCAGUCAUGAAUUUUAAUCACAGACGACACUUUGGGAAAUAGGAAAAAAGGCAAGCUUCACUACCAAAUGACACUUUCAGAUAAUGAAUCCAGCACCUCUCUAUUUCCCCUGGGAGAAAUAUAUCCUGAACAUUGCCUGGGGUUGGAGGCGGGGGUUCGGGGUGUGAGAAUGAAACCGAAUGAUUUCACCAGCUGGCCUCCGUACUUUGCUUUCUCCUUCCAUCUGGGCUGCAGCCUCUUCCUGGCUGCUGCCCAUAUUCAGACACACCCAGAAGGGUGCUUUACUGACCUCAGUCUAAUCAAGUUGACUGUCAAGAAUAACUAUUACUUAUAUUGCUGAGACUGCCCAGUCCCCAGAGGCUGCUCUCCACUAUCGUGCAGAUGAGAGUCUAGGAAGUAAAAGCAACACAAAGGAGCCAUCUCUCUCCUCGGGACAGGAAGGGAAAAGAAAAUGAAUUUCUCAAGAUUGUGUGGCACUUGCUGGAGAUUGAAUGACUUUUAAAAAUCAUGCUGGAAACGAGCAGGUUUGGGGUACACAUGAGCCUCCUGGGCCAUGUGCCCUUCCCUGAGGAGAAGCCUGUGUCUGGAUCAUCUCUGGGGCUCACCCCAGAAGAUUCUGUAGGGGGAAAUACAGGUAUUGUAUGUCUUUAUAUAGAAAAGAUUAGAUAGGUUUUGGAAAAAAUGAGAGCUCAUGACAUUUUAUAGGUCUUAAGCACUAUUGAAAUGUUAAAUAAAAAUAUAGCUAUAAAACAAACAAAACACAUAUAUAAAAUGUGUUUUUACACGCACACAUACACACAUUAUACACACACACACACACACACACACACACACACACACACACAUCUGUCAAAGAGUAACGAAAGCUAAAUCAGGUAUUUUGUGAAGGCUUUUAAGCUUACAAGCUACUCAAAGGGCCAGUCAUUCCCAAAGGUCACCCUUUCAAAGUUUUGAUGGGGAAACCAACAUGUCCUAAAGCAUUUUGAUAUUUGGCUAUAGUCUCACAGGCAAGACCUGCACCGGAAUUAAAUUCUCUGUACCAAGGA